AUGAAGGACGAUGGCUCCUCGCUGUCCUCCCUCAGGCGCCCGGAGCGCUCGCAGCGCACGGAGCGGCUGGACACACUGUUCGGCUUCGAGCGGCCCACGGAGCGUGGCGAGCGCACGGGCUGGCUCAUCAACAUGCACCCGACGGAGGUGCUGGGCGAGGACCGGCGGCUGGUGAGCGCUGUGGACUACUUCAUCCCGGAGGAUGGGAGCCGCUUCGAGGUGGCCCUGCCCUAUAAGCCGUAUUUCUACAUCGCUACCCAGAGGGGCUGUGAACGAGAAGUGUCAUCCUUCCUCUCCAAGAAGUUUCAAGGGAACAUUUCAAAGCUGGAAACUGUCCCCAAAGAAGAUUUGGAUCUGCCAAAUCACUUGGUGGGUCUUAAGCAGAACUACAUUAAGUUAUCCUUCCACGUGGUGGAGGACUUGGUGAAGGUGCGGAAAGAGAUCUCUCCUGCUGUGAGGAAAAACAGAGAGCGAGACCAGGCGAGCGAUGUCUAUACGUCUAUGCUGUCAAGGAAAGAGGAUCCGGUUGUUCUCGCCUUUGACAUUGAAACUACCAAACUCCCUUUGAAGUUUCCUGAUGCAGAGGCAGACCGGAUCAUGAUGAUCUCCUACGUGGUUGAUGGGCAGGGCUAUCUGAUCACAAACAAGGAGAUUGUCUGUGAGGAUAUUGAGGACUUUGAAUUUACUCCGAAGCCGGAGUGUGAGGGUCCAUCCUGUGUUAAUGAACCAGAUGAGGCUCAUUUAAUGCAGAGGCGGUUUGAACAUGUCCAGGAGACCAAACCUACUAUCAUUGUCACAUACGAUGGAGACUUCUUUGACUGGCCUUUUGUGGAAGCAAGAGCAGCAGCUCAUGGAAUUAAUAUGUAUCAGGAGAUUGGAUUUCAGAAGGGCAGCCAGGGAGAGUACAAAGCCCCGCAGUGCAUCCACAUGGAUUGUCUGAGGUGGGUGAAGAGAGAGAGUUACCUGCCAGUGGGAAGUCACAACCUGAAAGCAGCAGCGAAAGCAAAACUGGGUUAUGAUGCAGUGGAGCUGGACCCUGAAGAGAUGUGCCGGACGGCUACAGAGGAGCCUCAGACUCUGGCCACCUGUUUGGUGUCUGAUGCAGUUGCUACCUAUUACAUGUAUAUGAAGUAUGUGCACCCUUUCAUUUUCGCGUUGUGCACCAUCCUUCCCAUGGAGCCUGAUGAGGUGUUAAGAAAAGGUUCUGGGACACUGUGUGAGGCAUUGCUGAUGGUUCAGGCCUAUCACGCCAACAUCAUCUUCCGCAACAAGCAGGAGCAGGAGUUCAACAAACUUACAGAUGAUGGCCACGUGCUGGACUCGGAGACGUAUGUAGGAGGCCGGGUGGAAGCUCUGGAACCUGGGGUUUUUUGCAGUGACAUCCCUUGCCGCUUUAAAAAGAAUCCUGCUGCCUUUAACUUCCUGGUGCAGCAUGUGGAGAAGACGCUCCGGCAUGCUGUCGAAGAGGAAGAAGGUUUGCCAUUGGAUCAAGUCACCAGCUUCCAGGAGGCUUGUGAUGAAAUCAAAGUCAAGCUGAAUUCCUUGAAGGAUGUUCCUAACGGAAUUGAAUGCCCCCUUAUCUACCAUUUAGAUGUAGGGGCCAUGUACCCCAACAUCAUUCUGACCAACAGGUUGCAGGUGGCCUUCAGCAAUGUGGAUGUGGCCACGUGUGCUGCCUGUGACUUCAACAAGCCAGGUGCUAAUCGUCAGCGCCGGAUGACUUGGCAGUGGAGAGGAGAAUUCAUGCCUGCAAGCCGCAGCGAGUAUCACCGCAUCCAGCAACGACUGGAGCCUGAGAAGUUUCCUCCUCUGUAUCCAGAUGGAGCACCCCGGGCGUUCCACGAGCUUUGCCGUGAAGAGCAGGCCAAGUAUGAGAAGAAGCAACUGGCAGAUUAUUGCUGCAAGGCUUAUGAGCAGAUCCACGUCACCAAGGUGGAGGAGCGUGUCACCACCAUCUGCCAGCGAGAGAACUCUUUCUAUGUAGACACUGUACGAGCUUUCAGAGACCGUCGCUGUGAGUUCAAGGGGCUGCAUGAGGUGUGGAAGAAAAAGCUGUCUGCGGCUGUGGAGACAGGCGAUGCCUCUGAAGUGAAGCGCUACAAGAAUAUGGAAAUCCUCUAUGACUCCCUGCAGCUGGCACACAAGUGUGUCCUCAAUUCUUUCUAUGGCUGUGUCAUGCGUAAAGGAGCUUACUGGUACUCCAUGGAAAUGGCUGGGAUUGUGUGCUUCAUUGGAGCAAAUAUGAUCACACAGGCUAGGGAGCUGAUUGAGCAGAUUGGGAGACCUCUAGAACUGGAUAGAGAUGGGAUUUGGUGUGUGCUUCCCAACAGCUUCCCGGAAAACUUUGUCAUCGAGUCAACCAACGCAAAGAAGCCGAAGGUGACAAUCUGCUACCCAGGUGCCAUGCUGAACAUCCCCGUGAAGGUCCUUGCUAACCAGCACCAGGGGGGAACACCGAGCUCCCAGAUUGGCGACGUAGAGGAUUUGGGGGCUGCUAAGCCCCUUCAGCCGUUGGUUCCAGUUGCAAAUAAACGGAAGCGGGUCCGUACGGCAGAGGAAAGCCAGCAGAUGUUCCAGUAUCUGGAACUGUCGCAGUCCUGGCGAGAGAUCCUGGACCCACCUGCUGCCAUGGGCACUACUAAGCACAAGAAGAAAUGGGAGCUGCAGGCUCGGCAGCACCAGGAGCAUCGGAAGAAGCGGCGCCUGGAGGAUGGUGGAGUGAUGACAGGUGGAGGCAUAAUCCGUGAUACCCUCUCCAAAGGACUGAGCAGCUACGUGUACAGGACGGCACGCGGCAUCCUGGACUUGCCCUGGCAGAUUGUGCAGAUUGCUGAGAGCAGCCAGGCUGGCUUGUUGAGGCUGUGGGCAGUGAUCGGAAGCGACCUGCACUGUAUCAGACUGAGCAUCCCAAGAGUGUUCUAUGUCAAUCAGCGUGUUGCAAAACCAGAGGAGGGAGCUGUCUACAGGAAGGUGAACUGGAUCUUGCCCCGCUCAAACUUGGUUUACAAUCUCUACGACUACUCAGUCCCUGAAGACAUGUACCAAGAGCACAUCAAUGAAAUCAAUGCAGACCUGUCUGCUCCAGACACUGAGGGAGUGUAUGAGACUCAGGUAGAGGCAUGGGAGCUCAAAAUGAAACAAGUUAGUAAGACGCUAAAACGAAAGACCCUCUCGAGAAGUAUUCGCCACGUCUACCUCUACCAGAGCUCCCAGGGCAACAAAGCGCUCUUUGGUCUUUUCAUCCCCUCUCAGCGCAAAGCUGCAGUGUUUGUGCUGGACACGGGCUGCAAGGUAUGA